AUGGAUCACAAACUAAUGUGUAAAUAUCUUAAUAUAGCUGAUAGUUAUUUUAAUGGUAAAGAUGUCAAAACGAAGAUAAUUAACAAAGAGCCAACCAUCAACGGAUUUUGUAAUAAUGGUGUUUGUAAAACAAAUGAAGCUGGUAUUAAUGCUGUGGCCGAAUAUAUAAUUAUGAAAUUCAAAUCUUCAAUAGAAAAUCAUGAGUAUAAUAAAUAUGAUGAAUAUUUAUUGAUGUGGCUAAGUGAUAAAUUAUUUGAGAUACACAACAAAAGCGAAAACAAAGACAACAAAAUUACUUUAAAUAAGGCUUAUGAUACAUAUUUAAAGAAACAUAAAGGAAUAUUGGAUUAUUGGAAUAUUUUUUUUAGUAGAAAUGAUUUGAAAGAAGCUAAUCUUAAGUAUAUGAGCGAAUUUUAUAAAUUACUUAAUAAAAUAUGUAAAACAAUUACAUAUUAUGAAAAAAACCCUGACGAAAUUGCGAACCUUAUUACGAAUUCUACCGAAUGUUCUAAUCAAUAUAUAUCCAUUUAUAAUGAUAUUCAUAAAUGCAGAUCAUAUCUUGAUUUAUUGAAUAAAUUAAAAGGUAUAUAUGAUGAUUUUAGAAAUGAUGCUAUUAUGAGAAAUGAUUCAAACACUGAUUUAAAAACUAAACUUCAAACACUUACAAAACCAGAUGGAAAAGAGAUGGACGCGGUGAAAGGUUUUAAAUCAUAUAACUUCAAUCAUUCAAACUGUAAAUCCCUGCAUAAAAAAAUUACAAUGUCAAAACCAACGGACCCACCAGGAUUACCAUCUUCUUCGGAAGAAAUACAACCGCCACAACCUUUAAAGCAACUAAAAGAUAGUCAAGACGAAGGACCAUCAUCUUCACAAAGCAUUAAUGUAUUAGAAAAAACUAAAACAGGAGAAUCAAGUUCAUCAAAUGUACAAGACGAUUCUAAAAUUGAUUUAAAGACUUCAGACAAUAUUGAAGGAAAUAUAGGGGGUGCAAGUGGUGAUACAGGACCAUCAGUAGGUGGAUCAGAAGAUUCAAAUGAUGGGACAAGAGAUACAGAUAACCGGGCAUUAAAUACAGAUGGUGGACAAGAUGAUAAAGGAGGAUCAGGUCGUGAACAAGGUGUCUCAGAUAGUGUUCUGGUAGAAAAUGGAACUCAAAGUACGACAGUGGACCCUUUUAAUACUGGACCAUUAAUUUUUAGUAUCUCAUUAAAAGGCAUGGAGAAAUUAAAUGAUGCUACCACUUCAUUUGAAACGAUUAAUAAAAGAAUUACAGAGACCACAGACACUAUUAAGAAUUUAUAUAGUACAGCUUUGAGUAAUUUAGAAACUACCUACGAUAAAUAUAGUAGUUUUUUAAAAGAAAUGAUUUAUAAUAUAAGUAUCGAUUCUAACCAAGUAGAAAAACCUCCUCAUUUAGGUGAUAAUAAAUCUGGAUCAGAGGGAGGAGGGGAUGAUCCAUCACAAUCCAAAAAAAAUUCACAUCAAACUUCGGAAAGCUCAUUAUUACCAAGUUCUACAGAAGAAAAUAAAACAGAUCAAUCGUCUCAUGAUCCAUCUGAAAACCAAAAUUCUGAUCGAACUGAUCAAAAAGAACCUCAAAAACCGGUGGAUGAUCAAGUGAUUAAAACAGAAGAUCCUGGAAGUGAAGUAAAAGGAAAUGGAACAAUAGGAAUAGGUGAUAUAUUUAUAUUCAAAGAAUUCAAAAAAAUUGGAAUUCCAACUAUAGUUAUUAUAAUAUUCAUUACUUUAGCUAUUAUGUACAAGUUUUUGGUAUUUGAACGGAGAAAGAAAUUAAAAAGAAAAAAAAUGAAAAAAUCUACAAAUUUGUUUGGUGUAAAUAAAACGACAUGA